AAACACCUGUGCCAGGUGCAAGUGUCCCCGAGAGAGACACGAUGUCUACAACGAGAACUUUGUCAACGUCUGCGACAGGCUGGGCUGGAAGCGCGAAGACGAUCCCGCCAAAUCCGUCUCCAAGGAACAGACGCUCAGUCAGGGUUACGCGUGGUUGCCUAGCAAUUUGUCCGGCAAAAAGAUUCAAGAAUACAUGGACCAACUACCCAACCACAAAGUGCCUCGGCUAAACUCUCCAGGAGAGAAGUAUCGCGAUGUCCAGCUCAUCAAGCAGUUGCCCAGACAGGAUCUGUCGGAUCUUUACUGCAAACAUCUGGACGGGGAGAUGGAGCGGAAGGAGUUUAUGAUUUUCCGGGAGCUCAGGGACCAGGUGGCCAUGGGUAUCGGUGUGGUCAAGGAAUGUCCAGUGGAUGCGAGCUGCUACAACUGCAAGGGAGAGAUUGACCGCGGAGACCUGGUGGUGACUGCAACCAAACUGAGCCCGGACGCCGUGUGGCACCCUGCCUGUUUCACCUGUCGCACCUGUGAGGAGCUGCUGGUUGACCUAGUCUACUGCCACCACUCCAAGAACCUCUACUGCCAGAGACACUACGCCGAGCUCAUCCGCCCCCGCUGUCCGGGAUGUGACGAGCUAAUCUUUUCGGCGGAAUACACCCGAGCCAUGGAGCAGAACUACCACAAGGAGCACUUGGCCUGCCACAACUGCGACAAGCAACUGAUAGCUUGCAGGUACAUCGUCAAGGAGGAGCACCCGUACUGCAUCCCCUGUUACCAGCAGUUGUUCGCCCACAACUGCGAGGAGUGCGGCAAGCCUAUUGGUCCUGACUAUAAGGACCUGUCCUACAAGGACCGCCACUGGCACGAGUUCUGCUUCAAGUGUAUCGGCUGUCAGAAGUCGCUGGUGGACCAACCGUUUGCCUCCAAGAACGACAAGAUCUACUGCUCUGAUUGUCAUGACAACAAUUUCGCUGCCCGGUGCGAUGGGUGCGGAGAGCCUUUCCGUGGAGGGAUGAAGAAGUUUGAGUACAAGGGAAAGCAGUGGCAUGAUCAAUGUUUCAUCUGCACUGAGUGUAACCAGCCGAUCGGCAACAAGAGCUUCAUACCCAGGGAUGAACGAGUUGUGUGUGUGCCUUGCUAUGAGAGCAAGUAUGCACAGAGAUGCACCAAGUGCUCUGAUGUGAUCAAUAAAGGUGGGAUCAGCUACAAGAACAUGCCCUGGCACCGUGAAUGUUUCACCUGCACCCACUGCAACAAACUGCUGGCCGGAGAGAAGUUCACCUCCAAAGAUGAGCAGCCAUACUGUGGAGACUGCUACGGGGAGCUGUUUGCUAAACGCUGCUGUCGUUGCACCAAACCAAUCACAGGCAUUGGUGGCACCAAGUUUAUUUCAUUUGAAGACAGGCACUGGCACAGCAGCUGCUUCAACUGCUACAAAUGUGAGGCCAGCAUGGUUGGUCGGGGCUUUCUCAUGAACGGAGAAGACAUUGUGUGUCCUGAGUGUGGCCGCAGCUAA